GCGGUUCAGACGUCGCCGCGCGCCAAACUAUAAUACUUUCGUAAACGAUUUCGUCUGAUACACUUGUUGUCCUGCGCUCGCCGCAAUAAGAACGGUGAUGAGCUAGUGCUGGCUACCGAUUUAGUUUGUUUGGGCAACGCGCGGUUAUUUUCGAGUUUUGUGCGCUGCCACCAAGUGCAACGUGAAGGAUACGCAAACUUCAGGUUUUCAUCAUGAAAAGUCUCAUUGUUGUGCUGAUGCUUUGUGCGUCGGCGUGCGCUGUCGACCUGGAGGUUUUGCACGAAUGGAACCUGUUGGAUUACAACUUUCCUGAUUAUGAAUAUGCAAGCAAAUAUAGACCGGAGAAUACCGUUUUCACUGGUUUGGAAAUAACUGAUGAUAAGCUGAUAAUAGCAACGCCACGUCUACGUGCUGGCGUAGGUCCCACGAUAGCUUUCAUUCCCCGGAACGCCCCGAAAGGAUCCAGUCCCCAGCUGCAGGCGUAUCCCGAUUGGAGUUAUCACUCGGCUGUUGUGGACAACAACACGUGCAGUGGCUUCAUAUCGGUUUACAGAUUACGUCAGGAUUCAUGUAAUCGCUUGUGGGUCCUAGAUUCGGGAAUUCAAACGUCCAUUGACAACUUCCAACGUGUAUGCACUCCAAAACUGGUUAUCAUUGAUCUGAACACGGAUACAGUCAUCAGGACCAUUGUUUUCCCUGCUGAGGUCCUGAGACCUGCUUCCUUGACCACCAAUUUGGUCAUUGAUGAAACCCAGGGUACCUGUGACUCCGCCAUGGUUUAUAUUACAGAUACAGCUGCACCAGGGUUAAUUGUUUAUGAUGCCGCUAAGGAUAGCAUUUGGCGUUUUAUGCAUCCCACAAUGUUCCCGGAUCCUGAUUUUGGUGAGAUGAUGAUUGACGGAGAGUCUUUCACGUUGAUGGACGGUGUUGUUGGCCUGGGCUUCUCCCCAAACCUUGGAUUAUUGUAUUAUCAACCAUUGGCUACCGAUAGAAUCUACUCGAUUGCCACCUCCAUUCUUCGUAAAGGCCCACUAGCUGAAAACGAAGCACUUGCUGUACAACUUGUCGGAAAAAAGUCUUCCCAAGGGUUGGGAUUGGCUGUUGACCCACGUGAUGAUACUGUAUACUUUAGUCCUUUGACAGAAACAUCUUUAGCGUCAUGGAGUCCAAAAACAAAUCAACAAAAUUUGGUAUCAUAUGACCGGCAGCGAUUGCAAUUCCUGUCGGAAAUACGUUGGGCUGAAAAGGACGGCGGAAACGUGUGGGCCUUGACAACGCGCUUCCAAAAGUUCUUCCGAAGGACAAUCAACGCGAACGAGAUCAAUUUGCGCAUCGUCCGCUUCCCGAAGACCACCGCGCCCAGCUACCAUCCACUCAGCAACAAUUUAUACAGCUUCUAAAUCUUAAAAAAACUCAAAGUUAUGUCGCACUGCUAUUUUUAGUUUUAUUUUUAAGCAAUCCAAACGCUUUCGUAGCUAGUAGUGCAGCAUAAUUUGUAAAUGUAAAUACAAACAACUCAAUUAAUCAACGAGCCAACAAAAAACCCCGACCAAAUUGAGUAGUGGAAACAAAGUAUUAUAAUUACGGUAUUUUUAUACUUUAAAGAAAACGAAAAAACCCUUUAUUUUUGUAACGAUUUAUAUUUUUGUAUAUUUAUUCAUGUCAUUCGCUUCUAAGAAAGGUUUUAGUAUGAUUACAAUGUAUAUUUUAAUAACGAUUCGAAACUAAUUGUAAAUAAAUGGUCGUCCAGUACGCACAUUGAUCUA